AUGGCACUCUUCGGGUUUGGGAACCCCAAGAGGGUUUCGAUAUCUCGGCGCGCCCUAGAAACCGUUCCUUCCCAAUCCCAGCCGGAUGCGUGGAACGAUUGGCAAGGCUUGAACGAGCGAACACUCCCGAGAGAGGGCAUACAGGUGACACAUGCCACCUGUGAUCGAGAUCUUCGGUUUCGUGUUAAGCCUUGGAAAGCGAUGGCUCUCGGAUGGAAUUCAUUCACUAGAGGGAGGAAAUCAGUUGGUCAGGCAAGGCGGAGGAGAUGUCAACAUCGUAUCGUUUUGCAAGAUUAG